AUGAAUAUCAAUUUUGUGCGAAAUACGCACUUAUGUAUCUUUCGUAGAAAUGUUUUAUUUAAACUACUGCUGUUGGCGGUGUUGUUAGUUCUCUUCGUCGUCUUUAUUUUGUUAACACGUAUUUCGACUAGCCAGUUAAAUGGACAUCGCAGAAUAUCUGAAGUAGACCUGGGUUCGACGGGCUUUGUGAAUGAUACCGUUGCUACUGCUAUGUUCGAUGAAGUUCGCAUCUUAUGUUGGAUUAUGACAAAUUCUGAGAAUUAUAUUAAACGAGCAAUUCAUAUUAAAAAAACCUGGGGUAAACGUUGCAAUAAGUUAUUAUUUAUGGGAUCGAGAAACCACGAAGACUGGAACAGCAUUGAGUUGGCAGUGGGUGAGGGACGGGACCAAUUAUGGAACAAAACAAAAGCGGCUUUUACAUACAUAUACAAGUAUCAUCUGAGCGAAGCCGAUUGGUUCUUGAAGACGGAUGAUGACACUUAUAUUAUAAUGGAAAAUUUAAGAUAUCUCCUGUAUCCCUAUAGUCCAGAAACACCUAUAUAUUUUGGUUGCGAAUUUCGAAUGAGAAGAAAAAUUACUCGGCAGAUUGCGAUGUUUAUGUCCGGCGGAGCUGGCUACGUAUUGAGUAAAGAAGCCCUAAGGCGGUUUAUUAAAGAAGCUAUACCAAUUUCGGAUUCUCAGGCUUUUAAUGAAGAUGUUGAAUUGGGUGUAUCUUUAAAGAAAGCCAAUGUUGUAGAUGGCUGCUCGCUUGACAGUCAAGGUCAAUCGAGAUUCUUUCCCAUGCAUCCCCGCUUUCAUUUGAAGGCAGUUCCUAGGAAUGACUGGUUUUGGCAUUACAUGCUCUACAAAAAUGAAAAGGACUGCUGUUCAGAGUACACGAUUGCUUUCCAUUAUAUUGGCCCGAACUCUAUGUAUAUUAUGGACUUCCUAUUAUACAAUGUGCAACCUUACGGAAUUGUUAGCAAACAUUUAAAAUUGCCGAAAAAAUUCGAAGUUAACAUACGCGCUAAGCCAUCUGCUGCGUAA